UGCUGCUUGCAUGGCACUUGGGCUGACACUUGGUCCAUGGUGGCAGACACCCGAAACUCUUCGGACGGAAGAGGCACAACAACAACAACAACAACAACUUUCUGCAGCGGAUGAAUUUGCCACGUUUAUAUGUGCGUCACCCGUUUAUUGGGAGACGAGAACUAAACAAGGUACUUGCUCGAGCGGAAGAGUGGACCUUCGUAUCCACCAGCAGAAACAAGCAGCAGCAAUUGGAAUGCACUAGAAACAAAAUUGGUUUGACAGUGGUACAUUCGUCGACUGUGAAUUAAAAAUGUCGACAUUGCGGAAACCAGCCGAGGAGGCAGCAGCGCCUGAGCAACGCGCAGCUCCCUUCAUACCGAAACCCAAUCCCAAAGCAAUUGCCAGGAUAAAUCGAGAGAUGCGGCAGCGGAUGUACCUUAUGGGGAAGAGGUUGAUAGGAGACGAGAGGCAUCCUGGAGGAAUUGAGUUUUAUGUCAUGGGAGAAAUCGGCAAGAUUUUCACUGUUAAGAUUCGUGAGUUUCCCUGUUGUCAGUGCGGAGACUUUUUGUUGACCAGGUUGUGUAAGCACAUGGUUUUCGUCUCCAUGCGGGUAUUGAAGUUGGACAAAGACGACCCUCUCAUCUGGCAGAAAGCGCUCGUUCCGUCCGAGCUGAAAAAAGUCCUGAUGAAUCCCGCAAUUACACCCCCGAAGCCCAAAUCCAAGUUCAAGAGGCUCAAGGAAAGCUUCUCGUUUGGCAACGGGCCCCACGAUCUUCUCGAGCAUGAUCCUAUGUAUUGCCCUGUCUGCUGCGAAGAAGUGAAUUUCUUUGAAGAAGAAGUUUACAAACGCGAGGAAUCGUUACUCGAUGAUCUCUACGCGGAGAAACCAAAAGCUUUGGGAAAACCGAAACUGGACAUGGGAAUCUCAAAGAAGAAGCCUCCGACUCCUCCCCCGGUAGAAGCAGCAGCUCCUGCUCCUGCUCCUGCCCCUGCUCCUGCGGAUCCACCUUCGCCUGCGGAGACUUCUCCGCCUGCUGAAGGUGCAGAAGGAGCUGAUCCCACAGAGGCUGCAGCAGUAAAAGCUGAAGCUUCUCCUGCCGCUGCCGUGGAAGCGGGAGCAUCUGCUGCGGCCCAAGAGGAAAAGCCAGCUGAGGUCGCAAAGCCUGUUGAAGUUCAGCCCCCUCCUCCACCUCGACCAAAGCCAUUCGAGCCGUUACUCUUCUGCCCGAAGAAGAGUUGUGAAUUUGAAGGAUGCGUCAAAGUUGUACACCGGUUCUGCUGGCUAAAGUGGGGUCGUUUCCACAGAGUUGACUAUACUCUUCCCAAUAUUGUACAAGUUAACAAUAGUUUUCCUCUGGCUUCAAUGUGUCACUGAGUAUUUUCCUCUGGAUAAGUUUUGUUCAUAGUGUCAACAAAUUUUUGCUGAUUUGUAGAUAAUAGUGCAAUUUUAGGAAAAACUUCAUUUACAGUUCAUUAUCCGAUAACAUUUUCAUAUGUUUUAUCUUUUCAUAUGAAUGAUAGCUAUGGUCAA